UUGGAGAGUUUUUACGCACAAGAGAAACGGCUCAUUGUUUCAGGAGGACUGCGGGUUUUUAAUCUGAAGAAGCGAAUAGAAGGAGGAAUCUUUUGGGGGCAUACACGCGGCGAAUCUGGCGCACCUAUUAGAGAGGCACGAGCACAGGUGAGGAGCUGGCCUCUGUGGUUUCAUACAUGGACUUUUAGUUUGCGCGGAGGACAGCAACAACAUGAGCAAGACGAAGACCAAAAGCGACAAUAAGACGGAAAAAGCUUUGGCCGCGGAGAAAGAGCAGUUUAAUAAACAACAGCUUCACAACAUCAGCAAAACCCUCAUCUCCGGUGAAACACCACUCAAAGAGAAAUAUGUGCGCAAUAUCAUCAUGGGAACACAUAAGGAGGGUGGAGCCUCCACCUUCUGGUCCUACACCCUCAACCUUCCUCUGUCCAGCAACUCCAUGAUCAGCUGGAAGUUCUGCUAUCUGCUGCACAAAGUGCUCAGGGAUGGACACAGAAAUGCUGUUAGAGAUUCUCACAGAUACUGCCGCAACGUCAAAGAUAUGGGCAUUCUCUGGGGAAACUUGCAUGAUCGCUACGGCCACAUUGUUGCCUUGUCUGCCAAGUUCCUCUGCCUCAAAAUGGAAUUUCAUGCAAAGCACAAGGUGAUUCCAGCCAACCUGGAGGCCAGUGAUGAGACUUUCGAUAGGGAAACAGGAAGCGAUGUGACCAAAGUGUUAGAUAUAACCCAGGAACUGAUGGAUUACUGGGAUGCUGGGCUGAAGAUGGAGGAGACAGUUCUGCGUCAGCUGGAUGCCAAUGGCGCCAAAUCUACAACUCCAGCUGGACAGUGCAGACUGACUCCUCUGAUUCCUCUCAUCCUGGACUGCAGCCUCCUCUACCACUUCUCUGUCCUGUCGAUGUUCAAACUCCACAGCCGGAUUGCUCCAGAUGUUCUUCUUGGUCAUCGAGAGCGGUUCCGCGAUCUAUUUAACAGCCUCACACAGUUCUUCGACAGAGCUAGAGAAACCGAGUUCUUUAAAACUAUCAUCCAGAUCCCAGAUCUCCCCGAUGAACCCCCGAACUUCCUGCGUGCCUCUGCCUUGGCUGAAUAUAAAAAGCCGGUGGUAGUGAUGCCUAACGAGGAGCGGCAUAACGAAGAGGAAGUGGAGAUGCAACCAGAGUUGAGGGAAGCCCCACAGUACUAUAUGCUCAGCCAAAUGGGAGGACCUGAUGCUUCAGCUGAGCAGAGAGAAACCGAGAAUGAGAGUCUGAAGAGAGAGCUGCAGGUGCUCAAACCAGAACUACAGCUCAUCAAGACCGAGGCUCAGAGGUGUUUAACUGAGCUUAAGGCUCAGGUGAAUCGUCUGGAGGCCGAGGUCGAUGAGCAGCGCACCCAAAAACAGAUGGCCAUGAUGGAAAAGGAGCACCUGCGGAUGGAAGUGGAAGCUUUACGGUGCACUAACGUUGCCAAUGUCGGGGCUCAGAUCGGAUUCAAAGAGGCAGACCACAGAGCUCAGGCAGCAGAGCUUCGUUUCGCUCAACUCAAAGAGAGACACGCAGAGCUCAUCACCAGUCACGCAGACUUAAUGAAGAAGAACGCAGAAACAGUGAAGUUGCUGUCAGGUACACAACAUGGUCAGGACGAUUUGCUGAAAUACAAACAGCAGCUUGAAAAUGAGCUGGAAAAUCUACGACAGGAGAAAAGAAACACGACGAGUCAGCAGCAGCAGGAGGUUCAGCGGCUGAACACUGAACUCCUGGAGCAAAGAGCAGAGCUGGCUCUCCUUCGCAGCACUUUGGACAAUAAAGACAAGGAGGGAUCUCAGGUGAGCAGCAGCCUGGCGGCCCUGCAGGCGGAGCGUGAUGUGCUGCUGCGCUCCGCCAGAGAGAAAGACGCGGAGCUCUCCUCGCUGAGGCAACAGGCGCAGCAGCAGCAGGGCUCCCUGGACCUGGAGAGAGAGCGGCUCCAGCGAGAGCUGGAGGCUCUCAGGGCUCAGCUACAGCAGCAGCUUGCCAUCAAUGCAGAGCAGAAGUUGGAGAUCGACAGGCUGAGACGGGAGCUGGACUCGACACGGGCAGAGCUGAAUCGUGCGAACAGCGCCCUGCAGAGUAAAGAAAUGAGUGGUACCCAGCUGAGCAGUUCAGUGGCAGGGCUGCAGGCGGAGAGGGAGGCGUUGCUGCGCUCGAUGAGGGACCAGGAGGGCGAGCUGAACUCCCUCAGGCAGCAGGCUCAGCUCCACCACAGCUCCCUGGAGCAGGAGAGGCAGAGGAGCAGUGUGGAGCUGGGAAACCUCCACGCUCAGUUACAGCAACAGGCCUGUCGUGAAGCUGAGCUGUCCAAGAAGCUGCAGGACGAGCAGUUCUGCCUGCUGCAGUGUGCUGUGGUGGAGGCUGAGGGCAUCAUCCUGGACGCUGUGGCCAAACUGGACGACCCCAUUCACGUCAGCUGCAUCUGCUCACCUGAUUACUUGGUGAAUCGAGCUGAUAUCACUCUGAGAUCGAUCGACAAAAUACAGCAGAGCCACGUCGUCUACCUCGGAAACAGGAACGAUGCCAGUGGUUUGUUGAGAUCGGUCACACAGUUCUCCCACCUCGCUGCUGACACGAUCGUCAACGGAUCAGCAACAUCUCACUCCGCUCCCACCGACCAGGCCGACCGUUUAACCGACAGCUGUCGGGAUUGUGCGAAUCACUGCCUUCAGUUCUUGAAGGAUCUGAAGCUUCAGGCCAGUUUACAGAGAGCAGAUCCCUCCGCCGUGCGCUACACUGUCCAACGCAUCCUCGCUCUGGGACAGGAUCUGCGUCCAAAAGGACAGGAUGUGAUGAAAGGGGAGCUGGCGUACAUGGUGGAUAAAGAGAUGAGCGCUACAUCGACGGCCAUUGAAGAGGCCGUGCUGCGAAUGGACGAGAUCCUGAAUCAGGCAAAGAGAGAGACUUCUGGCAUCAAGCUGGAAGUCAACCAGAGUAUCCUGGGAUCCUGUUCAGACCUGAUGAAGGCUGUUCACAUGCUGGUGACAGCUUCUACUGACCUACAGAAAGACAUUGUGGAAGGAGGCAGGGGGGCAGCGUCUGUUACAGAAUUUUAUGCCAAAAACUCUCGCUGGACAGAAGGACUCAUCUCUGCCUCCAAGGCUGUAGGCUGGGGCGCCACACAGCUGCUAGACUCAGCUGACCGGGUGGUGGGGGAAAAAGGAACAUACGAGGAGCUCAUCGCGUGUUCACAUGAGAUCGCUGCGAGCACGGCUCAGCUAGUUGCUGCCUCGAAGGUGAAGGCCGACCGCAACAACAAGAAGCUGAACACUCUGAAGCAGGCCUCACGGCACGUAAACGACAUGGCUGCUGUGGUCGUCACCUCCACCAAACAUGGGCAGCAGCAAAUCUCCGACCAAGGUGUGAUGGACUUCUCUGGCAUGUCGCUCAUCAAACUGAAAACAGAGGAGAUGGAAGUUCAGGUGAAGGUGCUGCAGCUGGAGAGCCAGCUGGAGCAGGAGCGAGUGCGUCUCGGGGAGCUGAGGAAGAGGCACUACAAGCUCGACGCCUCUGGGGACGACGGCGCUGACGCAGAGGACGGAGCCGAUAGCUUCCCGCCGCCGCCGCCACCUACUCUGCUCGAGUGCGCGCCCGUGCCCCCGUCCUUCUCGCAGACUCAGCCUUACCUGAACACCCAGAGCUAUGCAGCAUCCAAUCCGUUUGCACCGGCUCAAACACCAACGCAGUCCUUCUCCGUGCCUCAGUCGUACACACAAACAAACACCUACACCCCUUCCCAAACAUCCAUCCCGUCUCAGACCUACACCCCUUCCCAAACUUCCAUCCCGUCUCAGACCUACACCCCUUCCCAAACUUCCAUCCCGUCUCAGACCUACACCCCUUCCCAAACAUCCAUCCCGUCUCAGACCUACACCCCUUCCCAAACAUCCAUCCCGUCUCAGACCUACACCCCUUCCCAAACUUCCAUCCCGUCUCAGACCUACACCCCUUCCCAAACAUCCAUCCCAUCUCAGACCUACACCCCUUCCCAAACAUCCAUCCCGUCUCAGACCUACACCCCUUCCCAAACUUCCAUCCCAUCUCAAACCUACACACCCUCCCAGUCUUUUAUCCCAACUCAGCCUUACACACCACCUCAGCCCUUCACCCCAAACCCAACCCAAACUUACCUAAAACCUCAGUCUUACUCGCUGUCAGCACCGUCAACGAACCCCUCCAGCCUCUCCCGGCCUCAAUCCCCGUCUCUGCCCCGGGCCAGCCCGCAGAACAACACCGAGUCCACCAAACCAGCCUCUAGGAAACCCAGUAUCUUUACCAAAUCUGGAAACUUGCUGAAGAAUGCGUUUAAACGAGGUGAAACUGGAACAGGGGAAUCUUGAAGCGUGCCUGAAAAAGAAUCUGACAUUUUACUUAACUUAAUCACUGGAAAUAUAAAUAUCCUUUUUAUAUGUUAAAAACACAUAUUUUAAUCAAACUUUAUCUUUGGUUCUGUUAAAAAAAAAAAAAACUGAGCUUAAAAGAAAUUGUCAGUGCAAAUUAAUAUUCUCCAACUGAUAUUUGUAAUCAUGAAGCCUAUAUUAUAUUAAAUGUUACUGAUUGCUGUUUGUA